AUUAACCAAAAAUAAAAUGCACAAAAAUACGGUGUGCGCGGAAGAGCGAGAGAGCGAUUCACGAAAGUAACACGCAAGAAUGUCCUCCCUGUGUGAUGCGUAAAGCCGCUCGAAUUGGAGAAGAAAGGAGAGAGAAAAUAACACCCGUAAAUGAUUAUCGCUGUGCCAAAAAGGAGUCUAAUUGAUCAUGAAUGAAAACCUGGGAAGGGCAAUGCUGCAACGGAGGAACGAUGAAAGGGGAAGAAGCGGAACCCAUACUCAAAACAACAACACAUAUACUGGCGUGGAGAGGAGAAGCAAAGAGAGGGACGGGUCGAUCCGUUUUCGUUUCGAAGACAAAGUGCACGUGUUUUUCAUGGGUCCCUUUGCUAUCUCCGAAAGGAACGAUCGCGAUCGUCGAAUUUUUCCCAGGCUCUGAAUAGCGCAAAACACAACACAAUCGCAGGACUCGCCGGGGUCCUGCCCUGCCUCACAAGAUCGAGCCAGCAAGAUUGUGCGCCGCUGUUGUUGUGUUCGUCCUGAGCGCUUUAUGUUGCGAUGGGUUUUAUCUUCCGUGUUCCGCCCAGGCGAUCCUUUCGCUCUCGUCAUCUCUCGCCCAUCAUUUUUCCUAGUCCGCCACCGCCACCGCCGCCGCCGUUGAACAGCGAUCAACAGCGAACAGCAUCAUGCAGCAUCCUGCGCGCGCAAGAGAGAGGCAGCAACAAACCAACCAAACCCCCAGCAGAAAAAAAGGGAACAAGCGAACGAAGCGUUAACCGAAAAUUUAAUCACCCUCGCUAGCCAUCUGCCCGCUUUUUAAAGGCUGCUUUUUCAGUGUAAAAAGUGUCUGUGGGAAACUGUAAAAGAUUUGAGUUCCCACGAUUUCACGAAAAAUCGGUCCCGAGGCUCGGGUUUUGCGCUUGGUCCUGCUUGCUUGCUCCGAAAUCCUUCUCCACCCCAACGAUCCGCACUUGUGUCCGCACCCUCACCCUCCACCUACGGCUGUGUGUAUGUGUGUUAUUGAAUUACGUGCAGGUCCUUUCCCGGCAAUGCACAGCCCGAAGGGUCCGUGCCGUCCCUUGCCGACCCACUCCCCUUACCCACUUUGGUAGGGAUUUAGUCCGGUUCUGUGUAUGUUUUUUUUUCGACCUUUCUUUCCCUUCCCCCUUCUCUUGUGUGCACUGUGUUUCGUCGUUUGUUUGUUUCGCUCUCGGCUCCGUACUCAGAUUCCCUUCGUUCGCUGCUUUGCCGGGGUUUUCGGUUCCCAUGGAAAGCGGGAACACCUGCCUGCAACGGCGUGUCCUGAUUCGUCCGUUUUUUCCGCUGCGCCUGUGUUGGUGCCGUUCGCUCUCGUUCACUUGCCUGCAUGGGAUGUGCGGGCGGGCGUGGAAGCGACACGUGGAAAGGGUCGGGGUCGGGGUCGGUUUCCUAUAUAAGGCCCGGUCGGGCCCGAAUUCUACAUCAAACGCAUUCGAUCAGCUCAACAGCGAACAACGCAACGCAACGUUCGAUAAAAACGACUCAGCGUUUUUACACACAAACAAACAACUUCGAACGGUUCGAAAAACCAGUUUCUUGCGAAAGCGCAACGUGUGAUAAGUGAAGUUUACCUUGUGAUAACGUCAGCAAACAAACAAAACAAACAACAUGCAUUCGUACGCCGUGAACAACGCCGCCAACCUGGCCGUCUGCAACAGCAACAACAGCAUCAACGAGAACCGCUACAACAGCGAGAAGCUCGCCAAAUCGUCCGCCGUCUACCGGUUGAAGAAGAUCCUGAAGCCGCUGGUGACGCUGCUGAAGAGCAACAAGAGCAACAAGUCGCCGGCAAAGUCGUGCCACCACGCACAGGUUGACCAGCGCCGCUCGAUCAUCAGCUACAUCGACGAGUACGACUGCGACUACGACAACUCCGCCAACGAGCGCCUGGAAGCGGAGCUGGUCGCCGAGCUGGAGCAGUGCCACGCCACCGAUGCCGCCAUCCUGGUGCUCGAGGAGCAGCAGCUCCGCCUGCAGCCCGUCCUGCCCGAGGAGCUGUACGUCCCGGUACACUUUGCCCGCACCGAGGCCGGCACCUUCUUCUGGACCACUAUGCCAGCCCGCGAGGUCGAUGAGGAUCUGAUUCAGCCGGCGCACUGCUACAGCGAGGAGAAGCAGUACGCCCAGCAGGCGUACGCCGACCGUUGGGCCCAGGCCUAAGGUGCCCCACAAACCAACCAACCCGCCGCAACCGCCCGUCAGCAAUCGCGCCCCGAAUCGCCAGUGAUACUCCAACGUGGGGCUCCAACGUGCCAGCACGUGGCGGUGCAACAGCGGAACAACAAAACUCACGAUCUCUUCCGAGUGCUUCGCGCACCAUUCCUCGGACCGUCUUGCUUGCAGCCCGUCUAGCAAGAAUGUGUGCACGGGGAGCCGAAACCGAUGAUGAUGAUGGUACAGCUUUAAUAGGUUUAGUUUAGGGUCCGUUAGCUUUUUUUUCGUGAUCUUGUGAUAGUAGGGUUAGAAAAACACGGUCUUCCAGCAUUGUGAUGAUAAUCAAUGUGUCUUCCAAUUUUGUUUGUAAGCAAAAUCUGAUAGAUGAUAUUAACAGAAUACAAAACAUGCCUCAAAAAACAAAA